AUGUACAGAAUAGACGUUUCAGAUUUUUAUGACUUCCAAGCGUUCAGAAAUAUGUGUCCAUUUAGAGACUAUAACAAAGCAGUCGAGAAUUUGAAACGUUUAGUCAUUUAUGUCGACUCUGCCCCAGAAUGUUAUGUCAUGAAAGAAUGGGAUGUUGUCUUUAACAAACCAAGAGCAACAAUAGUGUCUGAACAAGAAUGUAGACAGAAACUUAAGAAAAUAAAAGUUGUACAAGUUGGUAUGAAGAUGUUAGAUGCUUGGGAUAUCUUAUUGUCAAAGUUAGAAGAUUUUUCAGUUCGUGGUAUAAAGUUCUAUACACCAUCUCCAAACUUCUAUUCUAUCUUCACUGGAUAUAAAUACGAACAAGUAGAAUGGAAAGAAAAUGUUAUAGAAGCUUGGUUAGACCAUGUCAAAGAAAUUAUAUGCAAUGGAAACGAAAGAGUCUAUGAGUAUAUCUUAUGUUGGUUUGCAAACAUCUUACAACA